UACAAAUUUAAAUUUUGCUAAGUUUGAACAGAUUCUAGCUAAAAUUUUUUUUAAAAACUACAACUUGUAUUUAAAUAUAACGCUUUAGAAACAUGGCCGUCGAAGAGAAUGAGAGCCGUCGUCGUUGUUGUUUGUCGGCGCAGUACUCUGUGAAUUUAGCGCUCGAUUUGUUUAUGUAUUUUGUGUAAAUGCGAAAAAAACUUAACUUUUAUUAAAAAUUUUAAUAAAAUUAUUUACCAUGGACAAUAAUAUUCCAAUAUUAACGGAUACUGAAGCCGAAACUAGCAUGGAACAGGAUUUUGAGGAAAAAAUUCCGGCCAGAGUUAGUAAUGCUACCGUGCACAAUGCCACCAAGAGUCUAUUCAAUAUAACUUUUGAGAAUUUGGAAGAGCAGAAGCAUGAAAGUGUCGAAUUUAAGGACCAUGAACGACGUCUGCAGCAGGAAAUGAAAGACUGGAAAUCUUUUUUAUUUCAAGCCUAUAAGGACUUAAAGGAAUCCAAACAAAAACAUCCAGUAGUGGAUAAAACAAUAUUGUCUCACGAAAAACGUGAAUAUUUGGAAAGAGCUGACUGUUUGCAAAAUUUCAUUAGAGAAUCGAUAGAGUUUCGACAACAGGCUUCCUUGUUUUUGGACUAUGACUAUGCAGAAUACAUGGAAAUGGUGGAUAAUUUAGAAACACUUUGUGAUCAUAGACUGCAGGUGAUAAAAGCCAAUAAAAUUGCUGAAAAUUUGGCCAAUGUGAAAAGAAAAACAAAUUAGAUGAUUAAGGACAUUAGUUUUUAUGUAAAAAUCUUGGAAGCAACAAUGAAAAAAGAACAAAAAAUGUUAAUAAAAUGUAAAUUGUUUAAAAUUAAAAAGUAUUACGGGUUACUCUGCUAAAAAGAGUGUCUAUUUCUCUAAAAAAAAUUAAGAAUUUAUUUUAUAACUCAUUCCUUGCCCCAGGCGGCUAAAUAUUUCAUUAGAUCGGUUAAACUCUCGAAAUCUGUGCGGCUGGUAGGUGGCUCAUUGCUGCUAAGUUUUGGCAAACUAUGACCCAUUUUUAAACGAAAUUCUUCCAUC